AUGAACACCACCCCAAAGGUUGGUGAGGUUCGGACACUGGAGGCCAUCCACAGAGCUUUCGAGGUGUGGGAGCGCGUGACUCCACUGAGCUUUGAAGAUGUCGCUUUCCAAGACAUCACUAACAGCAGCCAGGACACGCUAGAGAUCAUGCUGUUGUUUGCAUCUGGUUUCCAUGGAGACAUGUCUCUGUUUGAGGGCGAGGGGUGGUCUCUGGCUCAUGCCUACUACCCAGGGUCCGGGAUGGGCGGAGACACGCACUUUGACGCUGAUGAACUCUGGAUCCUUGACAACCACGUCCCGUUUGCCCCCAUUUCCCCCUCAAUCACUAUUACCGCUACUAGAAGAAAAACCCUUUUGCAAUUAUGGAGAGGGGUGGGGUCAGAGAAAGCAUGUAGGGAUAUAUGUGAGGUUCAUUGUCAAACCCAUAGCAUUUAUAAUGUCAUCAUCUUGGAUUGUGCAGGAUCUCCAGACAAUGCUCCCACUCAGGACCCACCCACCACCGCUGGUGAUGACACUGCCCCAAACCAAAACCCCACCACCACUGCUCCUCCAGAACUAGAAUCCUCCACCACUGCUCCUCUAGACCGAGCCCCCAUCACCACCCCUGAUAGUCCCCUUGAGACAGACCCCUUCAGCCCUACCUAUACCCCAGACCAACAAGAACCAGAUCCCACCUACGCACCUCCCCUCCCUCUGAUACCCGACCCAGACCCCACCAUCCCCUGGCCUGAUCCAGUGCCGGUGACCCCUUACAUCAGGAGGGAUGAACCUCGUCGCCCCCCAAAGCAGCCAGACCACACUGCCCCCAAUAUCUGUGACGGGGACUUUGAUACAGUCACCAUGCUGCGAGGGGAGAUGUUCGUCUUCAAGGGUCGCUGGUUCUGGAGAGUUAGAAGGAACCUUGUCCUGGACAACUACCCAAUGCCUAUCUCGGUCUUCUGGGUUGGACUACCUGAUGAUAUAGACUCUGGUUAUGAUGGAAAAUGUGUCUUUUUCAAAAGUGUGUAUUUUAUUUUAUUCUCAUAUAUUAAGUUUAUUUUAUGUGUAAUAGUUUACAUUUAAUGGGUGCUGUUGUGUCUUUGCUAU